AUGGCCUUCGCAUUAGCCACCCAUACUCUCGCUCACCACUUCUCCAAGAAACAAUCUCAUCUCCAGUCUACCCCUGCCUCUUCCUCAUCGUCGUCGUCAAGGAUGAUUAGCAAUCAUCCUGAUUCAGAUAUAAUACCCUCAGUGAUAUACGAUUCGUUAUCCACUGAGCAGACCAGAGGUAGAUCGACAGAGAGGAAAUUGAUACAUUCCUCAUCACCUUCACCACCUGCUUCUCGACGUGCUUCCGAUUCAGAUCCGACCUCUCCUUCUGGCUCUUCGCUCGUGAAUGCCGAAGUAGUCCAUUCCCAUCAUACUCUACCUCCUACCACCGAUGAGAUCUCAGCAGAUCCGAUCCUCUACUUACCUCCCCUUCUGUCCCCUUUACCCGAACACCACAUCCACGAACACCAACACAACGAGAAGGAGAAGGAUCAGACAACGCAAGUGUUGGUCAAAGUGGUAGAAGCGUUAAAGGGGUUUGAAACUAGAUUACCUGAUAUCGACCCUGCGAGUUUAGCUUUACAUCAGGCUUUACAUCAUUUUAAACCUUGGGAUGAAGAUUAUGCUUCUACGCCGUAUGAUGAGGCGUUCAAUUGGUCUGCUCUCUCCCUCCCUAAAGCUAUCGAACGAGAAUGGUACUGUGUAGUAUUCCGCUCACGUCGUAAACCCGAAUCAUCCAAUUUAUCCCUUUAUCGAGCCGAUCGAGAGGCUCACGAGGAAGCGGUUGAAAAUGGUGGUUUGGUUAUGUACUGGUAUGGUGUUCCUGAUCAUACUGGUCUCAACUUGGCUACUUGCAUUUGGCAGAGCCGAAGACACGCAAUCAAAGCUAUCUCAGGACCUAAACAUAUGAAAGCCAUGAAAGAGACUGAAGGAGCCUACGAGACUUAUCAAUUGGAAAGAUGGAUAUUGAGUAAAAAAGCUGGCAAGAGACAUUUACAGUUGAAGAAAUGGGUCAGUGGUGAUGUAGGAUGGUAA